AUGUGCAUAAAGAGGGAACUUCUCUCCCUGCUGGGAAUGCUUCACCAUGCUGCCAAGGUUGUUCCACCGGGGCGGACAUUCCUGAGAAGGAUGAUCGACACGUCAAUGCUGGCGACUCAGAACCAUCACCACAUUCGGCUAGGUCUAGGUUUUCGGUCUGACCUUCAUUGGUGGAGUUUGUUCCUUGGCAUGAUCCAAGGGGAAUCCACUCCCUCGGGCAUAGUGGUCACCUCUGAUGCGUCUGGAUCAUGGGGCUGUGGAGCCUUUUCACAGACGGGAGACUGGUUUCAAAUUCCUUGGCAAGGCUACUGGGUCGGAGUUCACAUAACGGUGAAAGAACUACUACCAGUUGUGGUCGCGUGUGCCUUGUGGGGAAGGUCAUCCCAGGGUCAUUCUAUUCAAGUCAGGUGUGCGGUGGUGGCAAUUCUGCGUUCAGGCACAAGCAAAGACAAGUUGGCCAUGCAUUUAGUGCGAUGCUUAGCCUUUUUCAAGGCAGAGUUUGGCUUCACCAUAGUGGCAGAGCACUUACCUGGUAGAUUGAACACUGCUGCAGAUGCAUUAUCCAGAGACAAACUAUCUCACUUCUGCCCCAAGGCCCCUCAGACUCCGGUAGCAAUCCCGCAGGAACUGUUUCAGGCCCUCAUUGCCACGCAACUGGACUGGACGUCUGUGAGCUGGAAAAGAAUGUUUCAUUCUAUUUUAGGAAAGGUGGUUUAG